AUGAUUCUUUCGACAACGAAUAAGAAGGACCAUACAUUGCCAAAGUUUCUCAAAGCAUUAAAGAGUUGUACAACAGCAGUUUGUGGUCGAAGAGGUUUGGAUGAAGAUUCAGACAACAUUUGCUUGAGAAGCCUAACAUUUCAGAUAAAGUUAAAGAACAUGUUGCACUUGGUCAGCCUCAAUUCAGAAGAGCCAAAUGAACAAAUGAUGCCCAAGCUGUCCAAAAUUUACCCUUGGAUUUCUUUGAAAUUUCAUGAAAUACUUUGUCCAUGGUUCUUUAACGAUGUUAAUUAUACAUUAUUUUCGGAUAGUGAAAUGUGUGGGAUUAAAAGCACCAUUGCUUCCUGGUGA